UUCAGUCCUGUCUUUGAGAUAUCUCUGUGUGACAGAAGUAUCUCUGUAGGACCAGGAGACAGAUAAGAAAAAGGGAAAGAAAAAGUUUUGUGAUUUGCGUACGUGUCAAAGAGACUCAGAGGACCCACUGGGACUGCGGGAUGAAGAGCAACAUCACUGCUGCCCUUGCUAACUUCUUGUUUGAAUACGAGACCCCUCGUCAGGUGGUGGUGAAGAACAAAAGAGUGGGCAUUGUAUGCCGUGUGAUUCAGCUCGGGGUCCUUGCCUAUAUCAUUGGGUGGGUGUUCAUCUAUGAAAAGGGUUACCAAGCCACGGACACAGCCAUCGGGUCCGUCUUCACCAAGAUGAAGGGGGUGGGCUACACUACAGUGAACGGCUCGGAGCGGGUAUGGGAUGUGGGCGACUACGUCUUUCCUGAACAGGGAGCUUCAUCCUUUGUGGUGAUGACAAAUUACAUCAUGACUAUGGGACAAACACAGGGUAAAUGUCCUGAGCUCCCUGGCAAAUUUAGCUGCACCUCUGACAAGGACUGCGAAGAAGGAGAACACAAACGUACGGGACAUGGGAGAAUGACUGGAAAGUGUGUGAACACAACCAAAACCUGUGAAGUUUUUACCUGGUGUCCCAUUGAAGAUGACCGCCCCAUCCCGAAUCCUGCUCUUUUGAUGUCAGCGGAGAAUUACACCCUGUUCAUCAAGAACUCAAUCACCUUUCCCCAAUUUAAUGUUGUCAGGAGCAAUCUGGUGGAAGGUGUGGACAAGAAUUACAUCAGCCAAUGCCUCUAUAACAAAGACAGUGACCCUCUGUGUCCCAUUUUCAGACUGGGAGACAUUGUGAAGCUGUCAGGGUUCGACUUCUCACAGAUAGCAACCGAGGGUGGUGCUAUUGGGAUUCUAAUUGAGUGGACGUGUAACCUUGACCUGGAUGUGAAACGCUGUCGACCCCAGUAUAACUUCCAUGGGCUAUAUGGGAAUGUCAAUGAGGCAGAGACUCAGGCCUCUGUUGGCUAUAACUUCAGGCAUGCUAAAUACUAUGUAGAGAACAACACUGAAAAAAGGACGCUGAUGAAAGUAUUUGGAAUCCGGAUAGAUAUUUUGGUUCGAGGACUGGCAAGAAAAUUUGAUAUUAUUCCAACUCUGACGACCAUAGGCUCGGGAGUAGGAAUUUUUGGAGUGGCAACUGUAGUAUGUGACCUGGUGCUUCUCUAUGUACUGCCCAAGAGAGACUUCUAUAAGAAUAUGAAGUUUAAGUACACUGUUCUCCAAGAAGAGGAACCAGUCUUGCAAACGAACAAGACAGAGAAGGAAUUGCCUAAGGUAUCUGAAGGAGUAACCCCCGAUUGUGAAAUUACAUUGGAGACUGGCUGCUUCAACCCUGCGGCCGUGCACUGACAUAUUUGGCACUGGACACUCAAGAAGAGACAGCAUGACAGCGAUGAGCUUUCAAGCUUUCCUGGGCAAGGAGCUUAAAACAAAUUGCCUCAGCUAAUGUCCAACUGUAUAAAUGUGUAACCUGGAAAAAUAUAAGCUGUGUAAGUCAUUGUGGAUAGGGGUGUCUGCUAAUCCAAUGUAACAGCACCUCUUUUCCCCAGUGUAUUACCUUUCAUGUUGUCUUCUCAUCAAUCUGUUGGAUUUGAGGCUGGGAGCUGCACUGUGUGCCACUGGUCAGAUCCAUAUAAAUAACACUAGGGCCAUACAGUGUGUGCAAUAGCUAUAGAAGACCUGGCAACUGUGAUGGUUUGAGUACCAGCUGUGAUUAUGAAAUGCACUGAUACCAGUGUCAAUGACGCUGUUUGUAUAUGUCGAUCAAUCCGAACAGCACCGUGCUCUGUUCUGAACAUCUGCACCUGGUCAGUUCAUCUUCUACAAUGAAUUUUCUUGCCCUGCUGUUUUGCUGUAAAGCUGUACUCACUGAGUUGGAAAUUCCUUUAUGGUCAUGUUCCUCCAAAUGUAAAUAUGCUGACUGUUGAGAAAUCCCCUUGUCAGUUCAUGAGUUUGACGUACUCUGUGUGUGUGUGUGU